UUGAUGCAUCGAUGAAACAUUUCCUCGCGCCAGUGACAAACCCCGACAUCGUGAUAUUGCCCACGUCCGGAUGUGUUUGAUCCCCCCUGCUUGUCUCGGCGGCAGGCACCAUGCACUGCAUGGCGUUGGUAAUCGGGACUGUUCAAUUUCCGUGUGAGAUGGGACGUCAUGUAACUGCGGGCUGAGUGCAGCCCAACAAAUGUAGCGAGCGCCAACUGCGGCCCGGCGACUAGACCGCAUCCCUCCGCAAUCCACCUCGUCAGUAGUUGAAAUCGAUCGGACUCAUAAAAAGGCAUGUCCAAGGCCUACGUCCAGCACACAUCUCAUCUGCAUGUCUCGCCUCACUCUUCUCUUGACGUUCGCUGCGUGCUUCGCAUCGGUUUUUGCGGCGGAGGUCAUUCAACGGGACACCAAUACCGAUACUCCGAUCGGUGGAUAUGCACCAAAAAGAUUCCUCUCGAUGAUGGGAGUCAUCGCCUACGGGCAAUCCGCGAUAGCACUGUGGAUACAGUUCUUCUGGAACAAACCAAAACACCCGUUUAUGCUCACUCUGAAUUUCGGAAUGACGGCAAUGACAGUCGGUUUCGUCCUUCGGUGGCUGUUCGCGAAUCCGCCUUACACUCUGGGAAAAUACAUCGCAUGGGAUAUGUUCAUCCUACUCUCGCCAUGUCUUUUUUUGGCGAUCGACUACAUGUUACUCUCUCGUCUGGUAGACACAUUCGACACGGACGUCGUGGAUCGGUGCCUCGUCAUCAACCCUAACCGGCUCGUGAAGAUCUUCGUAUGGAGCGACGCUCUAACAUUCUUCCUGCAAAUUUCGGGCGGUGGUCUGACUGCAUCUCACAACACUAGCUCAGCCAAUCUUGGCACCAAGAUCGCUUUGAUUGGGCUCAUUCUCCAGGCGGUUUCGUUCCUACUCUUCACCUUCUUGAUGCUCACCUUUGCCUUUCGAGUAGCAAAUCACUUCCCUCAUAUCUGGCGCCCAGAAACCCCUGCGCCAUUCAAGAUCUUGUCGACCGCGCCAAUCGAGGACUGGCGCAUCCUGAUCUACAUCAUGAGCAUCACUUGCGUGGGCAUUAUGACGCGGUCUGUCUUUCGUAUCGCCGAAUUUGCCGGAGGUUACAACGGCCGCAUCGCCACACACGAAGUCUACUUCUAUCUCUUUGACGCGCUUCCCCUCAUGAUGACCAUGUCGCUGUACUGUGUGGUGUGGCCGACACGCUUCCUGCAACCCCCAGAGGGAAAAUUCACCCACCAUCGCGGGUCCAGCCAGGAGCAGCUCAAACUGAAUACAUUCCAGCAGGUUCCAGUGUAAAAUCAUCCUCAUCCCGCCUGUAGAACUGGACUUGCCGUAUUCAUGGUUGUGAUUUUGUUGUACUACAUACAUACGCUGCGCCUGUGUCACUCUUCAGGUUCAAUUCGCCUGACAAGUUCAAUGUACAGACACACAGCAGUCCAAUCCAACACCUAAUUAUUCAAGUAGAGUAACAUAUUCAAUGACAUCGUGUACUUGUUUCUGCAAUAUAGACAUCCAAAAGCG